AUGAUGAUGAUUCCAAUGGAGUUCUAUAAAGAAUUAGAUAAUAUAAAUGACAUAUCUGAGUUAAUCGAUCGUUACGUGGAUAAAGACACCCUCGAUCCGCAAGUUGACAUACCAAGUAACAUGAAAAGAAAUGUUGAACGUUCUCGAGCGGUCAUACCUAAGUCAGUAACUUGUGCACCAAAAUCCACAAUUGUGCCUCUUACCCCAUUAAAUGGUACAAAAGAUCCCGGCGUAUAUUACUAUCCCUCUUGCACGCAAGUCAAUCGUUGUGGCGGUUGCUGCAGUUCGAAAUUGACGACUUGUCAACCUACGGAAACCGAAAUAAUAAAUUUUGUUAUAAAAAGAAUCCGUUAUGCAGCAAACAAUAGACUUAUACUUGAUGGACAGGAAAUAGUUCUUAUUGAAGAACACAAGGCCUGUAGCUGCGGUUGCUUAAUAAAAGCCGAGGAUUGUAACUCCUAUCAAAUAUACGAUCCAAGCCGUUGCAGUUGCAUCUGUAAAUUGGAUGAGCUGCAUGAUUUAGUGCAGAAAUGUUUAACGGAGGAUCACAAAAUUUGGGAUGAGAACAAAUGUAGGUGCGUCUGCCGUGACACUGACACUUGCACCACAGGGACCAUCUUCGAUGAGAAUCAGUGUAAAUGUGUUGAGUCUUCAUACGCCCAUUCCAAAGGCAACUCAAGUCUCUCAUUGGCCGACCGUAAACGUUUCAUAGUCAAAGCGAUACCAGUGGAUCCCGACAGCAGUUAGAAUUACAACAAAUAAGGAAACCUUAUCCUUACAUUUUAACUAUAGAAAAUUAUUUUUAUUAAUAUAUUUAAUUACAGUAUUUGUUUGAUUAAUGUUAUUUAUAUUAAGUUAAGCCAAUAGUUAGACUUAAGAAUUCUAGUUUUAAUUCCAAUAAUUAUACAAAGCAAUCUAAUCAUUUCCAGUUCUGCAAAUACUUUCCAACUUAUUUUUAGAUUAAGAUUUAU